CAAUCAAUUUUGUUUAAUUAGUUUAAUUUUAGUAAUUAGUUUAGUUAGAUUUGUGUUCUGAAUAGUGGAUUUUUAGGUUUUGAUUAGAUUAGGUUUAGUUAGAUUUGUUUUUUUCUGAUUUUAGUAAUUAGUUUGAUUUAAAAUUUGUUGUUGAAACUUUUUUCCUCAUGAUUUUUCAAUUUUUAGUGUUUCCUUUCACUGCACUAUCUUUUUUCUUUGCUGCUACUUCUUGCUGCAGUGUGAUAGUGAUCCUUCUAAGAGGUUCAUCGUGUUUUCCAAAUGAGGUUCUUGAGCGUGUUAUUGGGAUGCUGAAAUCAAGAAAGGACAAAAGCUCUGUGUCACUGGUUUGCAAGGAGUGGUACAACGCUGAGAGAUGGUCAAGGAGGAACGUGUUCAUAGGUAACUGCUACUCUGUGUCCCCUGAGAUCUUAACCCAAAGGUUCCCGAACAUAAGAAGUGUUACACUGAAAGGGAAGCCACGUUUCUCUGAUUUCAACUUGGUUCCUGCAAAUUGGGGUGUUGAUAUUCACUUUUGGCUUGUGGUGUUUGCUGAAAAGUACCUUUUUCUUGAAGAGCUUAGGCUUAAGAGGAUGACUGUUAUUGAUGAGAGUUUGAAGUUCUUGGUGCGCUCUUUUCCAAACUUCAAAGCUAUUUCCCUUCAAAAUUGUGAUGGUUUCAGCACUGAUGGUUUGGCUGCAAUUGCUGCUGAUUGCAAAACACUGGUGUUCUUGGUGCUCUGUGUGCUCUUUAGACUCACCUGCGAGCUCCAGAGGCUGAGGUUUGAAGGGGUUCACAAGCUCUUUGAAGGAUGCAGCUCCGACGCCAGUCUCAUAUUCGGGGAACAUGUGAGGAUCAGGAAGCAGUUGUGGCUCACAAGCCAUAGAUACAGGUUCUUCAUCAUUGGCUGCUUGGUCACCAUCACUGUUAGCCAGUUGGGUGCUCUCUUGCUCGUUCUUGCUUCUAUAUCUGACAAGACCUUCUUCAAUUCUGGAGAUCUUCUGUGACAUACUUGCAGCACAACAAAGGGGGAAUAACGCUCUAUGGAUUUACACUUGACAGAGGAUUGCUCCAUACUCUUUUUGCCUUUGAGUUGUCUCUGGUACUUUGGAUUCUGAGUAAGAAAUUUGAUGAUGCAUGCAGUAGCUGGGAUUGAUAAAUCCUAGGAUUGUGAUUUAAUUGGAGAUGCGAGUUUUUAAUCAAGACUUAGGUGAUCAUCUACUCUUUGAGAUAUGAGUAUAUGACAUUACCCGUUUCCAUUUCUUGAUUUGUAUCAAUGCGCAAAGAGCACUGAUAUUUUGGACACUGACCUGUUGCUUCUUUGUUCUUAAGUACUUGGUGUAGAGAGAACAACAUGACAACAGGAAAUAAAGAAGGCUUAUUACAAGUUAUUCUUUUGUCGUUGCAUCCUUUCAAGUUUAUUUUAUUUCCCUCAAAAAAUGAUGUUUUAUUCAAUAUUCAUAUUCAUUGACAAUGAUAGGUUCAACUAGAGCCCACAUCUUCAUGGGCUUUACUACGCAAGGAUUUUGCUGCACCAUCAAAAUACACUGGGGAAGCUAUUUUCAAAUUCUGAAUCAAUACAAAAGAGAGCUGAAGCUGCAGUGCUCCUUAAGUAGUUGGAAUAUCCGGUUUGUUUUGAUUUUCUUUAUAUUAAAAAUUAGCCAAAACUUAUCUCAUUUUUAGCAUUCCUUAAUUUUUAGCCAAAACUUCAAAAUAUUAUUUGCUUAUUCGUGCAGGCUAAAGAAUGUAGCUUCAAGAAUUGGCUUCAUUUAGCGAAUUUGCUCUGGAACAAUUAGAAUUGAAAGCUAAUUAUAAUUUGCUCUGGAACCAUUUGAAUUCAGUUUAUAGUGAAUUUGCUGCAAUUGUGCAAUUUUCUUUUUGUUAGAUCUCUAUAUAAUCAAGGGUAUGAGUUCCUGUAAAUAAUGGUAGAAAUGUCUGGCUAAUAUAAUGGAUGUCCUCUAUCUGUUUGUAUUUUUGCCUGCAUAACUAGGUGGGAUUCUCUUCUUCUUCUUCUUCUUCUAAUUCUAUUUCAAGCAUUCCAAUUCUAAUUUGGGUUUUAAUUCUAUUUCAGUCAGGAGAUAUCAAAAUUAACUUUCAAUAUGGAGUUUGAUGCUACCAAUGCAACUUAGUUAUCUAUUAAUAUUUUAGAUUAUCCUAUCUUUAAGUGCUAAGUGUAAUUUAUGACAUUUAUGUAACAUUGGGAUGAUCAUCUUAUUUUUUUGGGUAUCUUUUUAUUAAGACAAUGAGAUAUUGGCCAAUGAUGUUGAAAAAUAACAUCCAA